CGGCCACCGGCCACCGUUCACCAGACUCCGCCGGCCGCAGUAUCGCCGCACGCUCCACGCCGAACAGCAGCCGCGCCAUGCCUCCGGACUCCAAGACUCUGCUGCUCUUCGCGGUCUGUUUGGUGGCAGCACUGGCCAAACCUCCACCUGGAUACGUGAAGAAGCCGGACCAAGAUGAGCACCCGCCGCGCUACGAGUUCGGCUACGAGGUGCGCGACGAGCAGGGCGCGCGGCAGGGCCACGAGGAGGCGCGCGACGGCGAGCACGCGGCCGGCCGCUACUUCGUCGCGCUGCCCGACGGCAGCACGCAGACCGUCAGCUACACCGCCGACGACUGGGGCUUCCACCCGCUCGUCUCCUACUCGCGCUCCUCACAGACCUCCGCCAGCAGCGCCCGCAUCGCGCUGGGAGAGGAGGCCGUCGCCGCGCUGCACGGCAAGCAAGUAGGGAAGAAACUGAAACUUCCGAGUUCCAAAGUAGCUGUCCAGCCGCAGGCGACAGUAGGAGCUACUGUGGUGCAACCAGUCGUCCCAGUUUCUCCAGCAGUGACCGUAGUUACUCCCGCUCCUGUGACGCAGGCGACGCCAGUAGCAGCUGUGGUGUUGCCCGCCAACCAGCAGCAAGAGCAGGUGGUGGCUGUCACUGCCGGAGGGUCCGCAGCGUCGGCCUACCAGCAGCAGAACGCCGUCUACCAGCAGCAGGGGGCUGCCUACCAACAGGCUGGGGCUGGAGUCUCCUCGGCCUUCCAGAGACAGGGCGCCGCCAUCACUGUACCUGUAGCGGCCCAGAUCAACGCGCUGGCCCAGGAAGGCUCGUCUGGAGCUGAAUCCGUUCAAGUAGCAGGCCUCCAGCAGCAGCAGUACUUAGUCGCACCAGCUGCCCAGCAAGUACUUGUUUCCACAGCAGACCAAGCGUCGCAGGCGGUUGUCUCAGAAAGCAUCACAGGAAGACGACCCACUUACGUACCAGGAAUACAGCGAAUCAGAACGCAGCCGACGUUAUACCAGUCUGUAGCCUCUGGUGCCGGAGGUUCGCAGCAGCAAGCCUACACUGGGAUAUCGAAUGCAGGACUGAACUCAUAUUCUUACCAAGAUGCGGCCGUGCAGGGCGUCAGUGUGAAAUCCAGUGGUGCAUCCGGCUACCAGUCUGCUGCCACAGGAGGAACGACAGUACUCACUACAACACCGUCACCUCUGUUGAUACAGACCACACCUGGUCCAUAUGAGCAAACAGAAAAUUCACUAGUUACCACCACUGGAGUACCAAUUUUAUCUGCUCAGCAAGAGCAACAGGGAUCAGGUGUUGACACAGUGUCGACACUCAUUGUCCCUUCACAGGCUCCGCAGUUCGCUCAAGUCGUAGCCGCGCAAGCGCAGGAAGUAACUGGAGCACAAAGUGUAGGCUAUCAAGCAGUGAACAAUUACCAGGCUACUGCUGGUGGAGUUGAAUAUAAUUCUGUGAACAGUCUUCCUACGCCUCAGGCUUUAAUUUCACCUUACGAUAAUAGAGGUGCCGCUCAGAUUUCGUCUUACGUUGCUGACGCAAAUGCGGCGUUGUUAUAUGGCUCAAGGAAAGCGGUCCGGUUGCCAAACGUGGGAAGCACCCUAUCGACUGCUCAAGCCUCAGUUUCUUAUAAUGAGGGCAGCAACCAAGUGGUCGAAUACAACGCUGUAACACCCGCAAGCGUCAGAACGUCCUUGAGACCCAUUGUCGUGGCUGACUUCCAAGAGAGUCAGCAGAAUAUCGCUACAGUCACACCGUCCCCAUUAGGUGUUUCAUAUUCGAGCACACCAUCUACCCCGAUAGUGGUGCCCGAUUUCAGCUCUUCCGCAGCAGGUUCAGCGUCUUCUGGCUCGUACUCUGGUUAUUCAGAGCAAGAAACUCAUGUCAGUACCCAACGGCCCAUAAUUGUCGAGUCCAGCACCACUUCAGGAUUGUACACCGCCAGCCCAACUGCAAGUUCUUUGGACGUCGUGACCAUCACACCGAGGCCCGAAGUGCUGCCAGUUCCUUCUGCCCUGGGAUCGUCGAGCCAGAAGCUCAGUAAAUAUGCAGUACAGGGACGCUUAUCGUCUUCCCAGUCAAGAUUUGGAGCUAAACUUAGAAGACCUUACUACUCAACAACGCCAGCUCCCCCACAGGUGACGGAGAAAGUUGAAGAGGAAUCCUCGAAUGUGGUAAUAUCUCAGAAUUCAAUACCAGCAGAGUACAAUUAUGACCAAAAUCAAGGAUUUCGCCUUCAAACAUCUCUGCCUACCAUUUCUUCCACGCCUGCUCCAGUAAUUUACAGUGAACAGUCCAGCGAGGAGGAAUCCAACGUCCAAAUAAACGUUAACCAAGUUGACAACGGAGUGCAGGUACAACAGGAUCAGCAACAGCUCCUCUUGGAAGCGGUCAAUGGACUGCAGUACGAUAUUGGCAAGUUACAGGAGCAGGCGGUUGUUAAGACGAGAGAAGAGGAGGAGCUCCUUCGGCAAGAGAAGCUGAGAGCUCAACAUCAGGUACAGCUGAUUAAGCAAGCUCUGGCCGAAACUGACGCCAAGUUGAAGGAACAGUCGUUGAAAGAGGCGCAGUUGCGAGCGCAGAUACAGGCCGAGAAACAGGCCAUCCAGAGUCAGCAGUCGUUGUCUUACAGCGCGGGAUCAGUCGCUCAGGGGCAGUACCAACCAGGGGUCAACCGGAUACCGAGGCCGGAGUUGGUCGCUGAGACUGUAGUACAGUCUUCCUACAACACACAAGCCGGUGGUGCCACAGUAGAGAAUUUCCCUCCUGUCAAGUACGUUAUACAGAGCAAUGCAGAAGAACUGCAGCCGAUCGACGCCUACCAGAAUGGGAAAGUCCUCCAGCCGAGCCUGAGGGUGACGCCACUCCAGCCGGCGCUCGUGAACCCCAUCGGGCCGGGCGGACUGUACCUGGUGUACGGAGGGAGGGUCCAACCGGUGGGCAGGCUGCCCGUGUUGUACAGCCAGCAGAGCUACGUGGACGCGAACCUGCUCAAGGCGCAGCAGCAACAGCAGCAGCAGACCUCUCUCAACUUCUUGGCCGACUUGCAGAAACAGGUGCAGGCUCAGUACCGGCAGGGGCUGGUGGUCGACGCCGGCGCCGGUGCGGCGCUGCCCGCGGUGAAGCAGCAGCUGACCUCGGGGCUGGUGGAGGCCCGGGUCCGCCAGCACGAGGCCGGCUCCAGCUCCAUCCGGCAGCUGCUGGAAGGCGAGAAGGAGAGCGCGGACAAGCACUCGGCCGAGGACGACCGGCCGCGCAUCACCAUCGAGCAGACCAAGUACGUCGAGGUGCAGAGGCCGCUGCCGCAGCCGACCGCACUCCCUGUGCCUUACCCUUUGCCGCAUCCAUUACAGGUGCCGCUUCAGCAACUGUUGCCACUUCCACCGUUGACACACCUCCCGUACAGGGAGUACCAGACGCUGUUUCCGACCAGGGCAGGCGCUCCUAAGGCCAUCAACUUCGGCCUGGCGGAGCUGUACCACGGACACGCUGACUUUAGGGGAGAGAGGUACGGCGUGCCGCGGCAGCGCCUGCGGCCCACCCCCAACUACUACUCGGCGCGCGGUCCUGCCCCCGGCCAGAAGUCCGGCCGCCGGAGGCCACCGGCCUACCAGCGCGGCCAGCUGCGCAAGCUGUGCAUCGAGUACGGCGGCUUCAAGCCUCCCAUCGUGCCCUCGCAGCAGAUCGACGACGACGACGCGCUCGACGUGCUGAGGGGCGGCGCGGGCCGCCGCGACAGACCGACUGACCAAUCGCGGAAACCGUCACCGCCGUGGCUGCGAGUCGUGCAGUGUUUCGGCUGCAGCGUGAGAGACACGCUACAUACCGCUGGUUCACACUAG